UUCUAUUGAUAGUCUAUAUAACCACAACUGAUGUAACAAGGGAUUUUCCUGACGUCAGGUUACGUCAUUCUCGUGGGAGGAGAGUCGUGCGUGACACAUCAAAACUUGAUGAAAACAGAUAAAACAGGCAGUGGUGCUCUGAGAUCUGUUGUUGAAGUGCUGUUAGAAAGACUCGAUAACAUCGGAAUGAACCAGGGUUAUUGAAGAAAACAACGUUGCCUCCAACUGUAACACAACAGACCAACAAGAAAACAGUAUUUGGUUGUCGAGGCAUUUCUACGUGAUGGAGUUUCCAGAUUUAGGAGAGCACUGCUCUGAGAAGUCCUGCAAACGUUUAGAUUUUCUUCCUAUGAAAUGUGACGCCUGUCAAGAGAUUUUCUGCAAGGACCACAUAACCUAUGCAACUCACAAAUGCAUGUCGUCCUACAAAAAGGACAUCCAGGUCCCAGUGUGUCCUCUGUGCAAUAUCCCCAUUCCCAUCAAGAGAGGUGAGAUGCCUGACAUUAAAGUCGGUGAACACAUUGAUCGGGAUUGCAAAUCGGACCCUGCGCAGAGAAAGAGAAAGAUUUUCACAAAUAAAUGUUCUAAAGGAGGCUGUAAGCAGAAGGAGAUGAUGCGAGUGACCUGUGACCAGUGUCAUUUAAAUUACUGUCUUAAACACCGGCACCCACUAGACCAUGACUGUAAGACUGAUGGGAAUCUUCUUUCCAAAUCCGGAAAUGCUGCUAUAAUGAGGGCCCAAGGUGCUUCCUCUUCCUCCGCUUCUACUUCAUCCAGUUCAGGACGCUCUAGAUCGGUUUCUAAUGGUGUGAGGGCAAACAGAAGCCACAGCACUGGCACUACCCAGCGGAUCCCUACUUCCAUUUCAGCACAGAACGUAAUCCCACCAUCAGCAUCAUUUCAGGCUGGAAUGACGGAGGAGCAGGCUUUACAAAGGGCUCUGGAGAUGUCUCUGGCUGAAUCAAGGCCGGCUGUCCAACCGGCCCUUACCCCUCAGGAGCAGGAGGAUCUGGCUCUCGCUCAGGCUCUCGCUGCCAGUGAAGAAGAAUACAGACGUCAGCAGCAGAGACAACAGGUACCUGGAAAACUUAGCCGUCAGUAGCAUGCUUACAGGAACACAUGGGAGGGAGUCCAAACAGUCCAGCUGCAGCCUCUCUUAAUCUCAGACCACCAUUUAGACUUCAAGCUUUGCUAAUUAUCUACUAGAACCUGCACAUCUGGAAUAUCAAUAUCCAGAAUAAAUGAUUGUUAAAUGAAGAAAUCCUGUUGGAAGUUGCUGAGAUAUUACCGCCUUCUACAAUAUAAGCACAUACUUUCCCAGCAGGAUCUAAUUUUUACUAAUGCUUUGCUCUGUACAUAUUUUAUAUGCUUACCAUUAUACCACUGUUAUCAUAUUAAUAUCGGAAUAAAUUAUUUCAAAGAU